AUUUUUCCCCAAAUAAUGAAGAUUUGGGAGCUUAAACUACCUUAUGGAAGUAGCCAUCCUCCGAACUGGCAUUUAUUUCUGAAGUUGUUGAAAUCUAUAUUUGUAAAAUGUGUAAUUAAUAUCCUUACUUGUGUGCUGCAGCCCCCGUCUACCAACACGGUAGAGGAGCCUCUGGAUCUGAUCAGACUCAGUCUAGAUGAGAGGAUCUACGUGAAGAUGAGGAAUGACCGGGAGCUCCGUGGUCGACUGCAUGCCUACGAUCAGCACCUGAACAUGAUCCUUGGAGACGUGGAGGAGACGGUGACGACGGUGGAGAUCGACGAGGAGACCUAUGAAGAACUAUACAAGUCAACCAAGAGGAACAUUCCCAUGCUGUUUGUCAGAGGAGAUGGUGUUGUCCUUGUGGCACCGCCCCUCAGGGUGGGCUAACCCCAACCACUUUCUAUUUGUGAGGGAGUGUUUGUGGCAACUGGGAAGCUUCUAACUGCCGGAGAGGGUGGUGCUGUAAUUAAAGGCUGAAACAUGGCUGCGUUCAAACACAUCCAGCCCCCUCAGGUCAGACUCUACUGUCAAACCCCCCACACACUCAUCAUUCAGAUACUACCACAAACUCUCUACUUUAUUCUGUGGGGCUGCAAUAAUUGAAAGUACUUUUUGACAAAGAAAGAAAGAUGACUUUUGGUUUUGGAGAAAGAGGGCUUACUUCUGAGGUUUUAUUUGGGCAAAUUAUUAUUAAAUAGAUUUUGGGAUUUUGUGUCAUUUCAGGCAAUCGUUUCCUGAUAUCCUCAGGAUAUUUUUAUUUGAUUUUGCUCUGUACACCAAAUGUUAAAUACACACCCAUUUAGUGAAGCCAGAAAAAAAUAUCAUAAUUUCUAAUAACAAAAUCUCAACUAGUUUGUGGAGGAUCGCAAUUAUUAAAAACACGUUUUGAAAAAA